GACGAGGCGGCGUGCAGGUGCAGCCCAAUGCGGCGGCGCGUCGACCCGUAGGCGGCGGGCGCGGCGGCGUCGGAGUGCCGGCGCCUGCGCCGGCGGUUGCGGUGGGGGCUCUGUGCGGCGAGAUGAAGGGGAAGAUGGUUGUGUCGGGUGGAGCGCCGCCAGCAGGCCAGGGUUCGUCGUUGGCGGCGGCGCAGGGCACGGACAAUGUCAAGAGAGAGCCAUCUCAGGUCGCCGCACCGGCGCCCGCGCCCCCGCCCGCGACGCUGCCGCCGUCGUCGAGCAAGGCGGUGACCUUCCCGGCGCGUCCGGACGUCGGCACGAUCGGGAGGCGGUGCCGCGUCCGCGCCAACCAUUUCCUGGUGCAAGUCGCGGACAAGGACAUCUACCACUACGACGUGGUGAUCACUCCAGAAUCAACUUAUCGUGAGAGAAAUAGAUCAAUAAUCAACAAACUUGUUGCGUUGCACAAACAAUUCUUGGAUGGUAGGUUACCUGUCUAUGAUGGAAGAAAGAGCAUAUAUACUGCAGGUCCACUACCUUUCAAAACCAAAGACUUUGUUGUCAAGCACAUUAAUCCUUUGAGGGGUAACCAACGGGAGGAGGAAUACAAGGUGACCAUAAAGCAAGCCUCCAAAACAGAUCUGUACAGCCUUAAGCAGUUUUUGGUUGGAAGGCAGAGGGAGUUGCCACAGGACACUAUUCAAGCUCUUGACAUUGCUCUUAGGGAAUGCCCUACCUCAGUAAAUUUUACUUGUGACAGGUAUGUAUCUAUCUCAAGGUCAUUUUUCUCCCAAUCAUUUGGGCAUGGUGGCGAGAUUGGUAGUGGUACAGAGUGUUGGAGGGGGUAUUACCAAAGUCUGCGCCCCACGCAGAUGGGACUGUCGCUAAAUAUCGAUAUUUCUGCAACAGCAUUUUACAAGGCCCAGCCAGUGAUGGACUUUGCAGUUCAGUAUUUGAACAUCCGAGAUGUUUCAAGGCGCUUGUCUGAUCAAGAUCGUAUUAAACUGAAAAAGGCCCUAAAAGGAGUCCAAAUUGUGGCAACUCACUGGAAAGAGAAAUCCAUACGUUACAAGAUCACUGGAAUACCCUCAGCUCCAAUGAAUGAAUUGAUGUUUGAUCUAGAUGGAAACAGGAUAUCAGUCGUCCAAUACUUUAAGAAACAGUACAAUUACUCCUUAAAACAUGUUAAUUGGCCAUGCCUUCAAGCUGGCAGUGAUAGCAGACCAAAAUAUUUGCCUAUGGAGGUCUGCAGUAUACUUGAAGGACAACGGUAUUCGAAGAAGCUAAAUGAGCAUCAAGUUACAAACAUUCUAAGGAUGACAUGUGAACGACCCGCACAAAGGGAGAGCAGUAUCAUAGAGAUUGUUAAUACGAACUCUUAUGGCAAUGAUGAUUGUGCAAAAGAAUUUGGCAUCAAAGUCGCUAACCAACUUGCCGUGGUUGAUGCCCGUGUACUGCCUACCCCUAGGCUUAAAUAUCAUGACUCUGGAAGAGAAAAAGUAUGUAAUCCUUCCGUUGGACAAUGGAACAUGAUUAACAAGAGGAUGGUAAAUGGAGGAUGUAUCAACCAUUGGACCUGCCUAUCUUUUGCUUCUCGGAUGCAUGUAAAUGACAUUAGGAUGUUUUGUGAAGACCUGGUUGGCAUGUGCAAUAAUAUUGGCAUGCAAAUGAAUACGAGACCAUGUGUGGAUAUCAUACAAGGACAGCAACGCAACAUCGAGGGUGCAAUCAGAAAUAUCCAUAGGCAAUCUUCAGAAAAGCUUGACCAGCAAGACCUGACAGGGCAGCAACUUCAGUUAUUAAUUGUAAUAUUGACUGAAAUUAGUGGUUCUUAUGGAAGGAUAAAACGAAUUUGUGAAACAGAGGUUGGUGUGAUAACUCAAUGCUGUGCACCCAAGAGUCUUCAGAAAGGUGGGAAACAGUAUCUUGAAAAUCUGGCCCUAAAAAUGAAUGUUAAGGUCGGGGGGCGAAAUACAGUACUUGAAGAUGCGUUGCACAAGAAAAUACCAAUUCUGACAGAUCGUCCUACGAUAGUGUUUGGAGCGGAUGUUACACAUCCAUCUCCUGGGGAGGAUGCUUCUCCAUCCAUUGCAGCGGUUGUUGCAUCCAUGGAUUGGCCAGAAGUUACAAAGUACAAAUGCUUGGUAUCUACACAAAGUCAUAGGGAAGAAAUCAUAUCUAAUCUUUACACAGAAGUGAAAGAUCCAUUGAAGGGAAUUAUUAGAGGUGGAAUGAUUAGGGAGUUGCUCAGGUCUUUCUACCAAGAAACUGGACAGAAACCUAGCCGGAUUAUAUUUUAUCGAGAUGGUAUCAGCGAGGGACAGUUUAGCCAAGUGUUGCUUUAUGAAAUGGAUGCAAUUCGCAAGGCAUGUGCUAGUUUGCAGGAGGGCUACCUUCCUCCAGUUACAUUUGUUGUUGUCCAGAAAAGGCAUCACACCCGCCUAUUUCCAGAAAAUCGUCGAGAUAUGAUGGAUAGAAGCGGAAAUAUCCUUCCUGGAACUGUUGUUGACACAAUGAUCUGCCAUCCGAGUGAGUUUGACUUUUACCUCUGUAGCCAUUCUGGUAUCAAGGGGACGAGCCGUCCAACACAUUAUCAUGUUCUUUUAGAUGAAAAUGGGUUCAAGGCUGAUACGCUGCAAACCCUAACCUACAAUCUUAGCUACACCUAUGCCCGAUGCACCCGAGCAGUCUCCAUAGUUCCUCCAGCAUACUAUGCGCAUCUGGGAGCCUUCCGAGCACGCUACUACAUGGAGGACGAGCAUUCUGAUCAGGGCUCUUCUUCCUCCGUAACGACGCGAACGGAUCGAUCGACGAAGCCGCUUCCUGAAAUCAAGGAGAAUGUUAAGCGGUUCAUGUUCUACUGCUGAAGGGGUUAAGUUUGAUCCUGUUGAAUAGAAGCUCAUGUUCUACAACUCAAGUGUUGGGUCUUUUGCAAGAACUGUCUGUAACUUUUGCGGGUGUUAGAUGUCUCUAGUGGUUGUGCAAGUGCGAAAACCCCCUCCCCAAACAGUCUGGGAUGAUGGGUUUUACUUAGCAUAUUGUGUUUAGUAAAAACUCGUAUCUGCACUCUACUAGGUACCUUCCUGUCUGUCUAGUCUGGUAGUCUGGAGAAGGAAGUUACUGCUAUGUGGUACUUGGCUGUAUUUUGCUGAAACUCCUUUGUGUUUGGCUGAAUUUCCGAAGUUAUGUCAAGGCCAAGUUAUGUGAUCUGUAAAGCCUGAAACUACAACCUAGUUGCUGGCUUGCUGCAGACAAAUUCCUUCUGGUUACAGCCGAAAAAUCCUUUCCAGUCGUUGCAGCUGAAAAUCAAGUCCGGAUAUAUCUCGAUCUUGACUGAAAUAAUUGCACUUAUACUACUAGGUUAAACCACGAGCUGAUAAUCUCUGUUGCAUCCUGACCACGCAACGCAACGCCCUGAUCAUGCUUCCAGUAAUCACUAAGCAGCUUCGUCUAGACGGCAGCAGCUGUAUCACUCGUCCAUCCGU